AUAAAUCAUCCCACUGCGUUCGGCUUUUGACUUUACAAUUCCGUGUUUCCUCCUCCCCGUCGACGCCGUACGGCAAAAUGGCGUCCCUUGCACUCACCUCGUCCUGCUCCCUCGGAUUUUCCCAAGUUAAAUCUCGCCUUUCGAAGCCCUCGCCCAUCCGUGCCCAGCUCAGAUCGGCACCGGAAUCGACAGUCUCGCUUCCGGUUCCUCUGAAAACGACCUUCUCCAGCUGCAGCUUGGUUACUCCAUUAACCUCUGCUUCCAGUGCUGGACUCCAGAAGCAUCAGAGGUUAACUGUGAAGGCUGCAUCAACGUCGGCGUCGGUGACCCCUGCGUCCCCACAACCGUGGCAAGGUGCGGCGAUAAAGCCGUUGAUCGCGUCUAUUGCGACAGGUGUGAUCCUCUGGUUCGUUCCCGUCCCUUCUGGCGUUUCCCGCAAUGCGUGGCAGCUGCUUGCUAUUUUCCUCGCCACGAUUGUUGGCAUCAUUACCCAGCCGUUGCCUCUUGGUGCAGUGGCCUUGCUGGGACUCGGCGCUUCUGUACUCACUAAAACCCUAACAUUCUCAGCGGCGUUCUCUGCUUUCGGCGAUCCAAUCCCAUGGCUCAUCGCGCUUGCCUUCUUCUUUGCUCGUGGUUUCAUCAAGACCGGGCUCGGUAACCGCAUUGCUUACCAAUUUGUUUCCUUGUUUGGUUCUUCUUCUUUAGGAUUGGGAUAUAGUCUGGUGUUCAGUGAGGCGCUUCUGGCGCCUGCAAUUCCUUCCGUCUCUGCCAGAGCUGGAGGGAUCUUUUUGCCUUUGGUCAAAUCACUGUGUGUCGCCUGCGGUAGCAACGUAGGGGAUGGAACCGAGAACAAAUUGGGUUCUUGGCUGAUGCUGACAUGUUUCCAGACCUCCGUGAUCUCGUCGUCCAUGUUCUUGACAGCUAUGGCGGCUAAUCCCUUGAGUGCCAAUUUGACUUUAAACACCAUAAAGCAGACCAUUGGAUGGACGGAUUGGGCUAAGGCAGCGAUCGUGCCGGGUUUGGUGUCAUUGAUUGUGGUCCCGUUGCUGCUAUAUGUGAUUUAUCCUCCCUCCGUGAAGACUAGCCCAGAUGCACCCAAGCUUGCAAGGGAGAAGCUCGCAAAGAUGGGGCCUAUGAGCAAGAAUGAAAUUAUUAUGGCUGGAACUCUGCUUCUAACGGUGGGACUCUGGGUUUUUGGUGGAAUGCUGAAUGUGGAUGCCGUUACUGCUGCUAUUCUUGGGUUAUCUAUCCUCCUUAUAACUGGUGUGGUUACAUGGAAGGAGUGUUUGGCUGAAGCAGUUGCUUGGGAUACACUAACUUGGUUUGCUGCACUCAUUGCCAUGGCUGGCUAUCUCAACAAAUAUGGUCUUAUCUCAUGGUUCAGCCAAACUGUUGUUAAGUUUGUUGGAGGAUUGGGGCUUUCAUGGCAGUUGUCAUUUGGCAUUCUGGUUCUUCUAUACUUCUACUCCCACUAUUUCUUCGCUAGUGGAGCUGCUCACAUUGGUGCUAUGUUUACUGCCUUCUUGUCUGUGGCUAGUGCUCUGGGCACCCCACCAUAUUUUGGAGCCAUGGUGCUUGCUUUCCUCUCAAACAUCAUGGGUGGCCUUACACAUUAUGGCAUUGGGUCUGCCCCUGUUUUCUAUGGUGCAAACUAUGUUCCCCUAGCAAAAUGGUGGGGUUAUGGGUUCCUGAUUUCAGUUGUCAAUAUAUUGAUCUGGCUUGGUGUUGGAGGUGUCUGGUGGAAGGCUAUAGGCUUGUGGUGAAAGGCAUGGCGCCAAAAGCCCGUAUUUAUGAUGUUUUUUGUACACUCUCUGAAGCAGAGGUUAAUUUUUGUCUUGAUUCUUUGUCUUAGAAAUAAUUUUUUGGAAGAUUUGGUGGCAAGAGUAUGGUGGAAACAUACAUAAAUUUUGAGGUCCACUGAGAACACAAAUCAUAAUUUGUAGCAGAAAAUUUUCUAACUGGCAUUUCAUAUUCCUGCAAAUAAAUUAGUGAGGUUCUU